AUUUGUUGCAUACUCUUAUAUAUAGCGGGAGCAGAGUACUUUCGAUCAAGGAGGAGCCAAAAAAUGCAUGAAUUCAAGUAUGAAGAACUUGUUCAAGCAACUGAAAGCUUCUCUCAAUCGCGACUUGUCGGUAAAGGGAGCCAUGGCCAUGUUUACAGAGGCAUUCUGAAGAGAAAUGGUUGCGAACAUGAUCAGCUUGUGGCCGUAAAGAAGCAAUCACUAGGCCUUCAAAAGCUUCGAGACAAUUCGAAACUCGAAAAUGAAGUGCACAUCGUAUCAUCACUGUCCCAUAAUCCAUACGUGAUCAACCUUCUUGGCAUCAGUCAUGACUCUUCCAACAACAAAGUUCUUGUCAUGGAAUACAUGCCUAAUGGAACCCUUCAUGAAAUGCUCCGCAGCCCCGUUGGGGCGUCCUCCUGUCCCCCGCCAACAUGGCCAAAACGCGCCCAAAUAGCUCUCCAGAUAGCCAAAGCCGUGCAGUUUCUUCAUGAAGCAAGGCCACCAAUUGUUCACAGGGACAUUAAAUCAGCCAACAUUUUGUUCGACUCGGAUUGGAAUGCUAGGUUGGCUGAUCUUGGGCUUGCGAUUAGAAUGAAUCAUGACUCCCUGAACCGGCAAAUUGACUCACUGAACCGACCAGCCGGGACUAUCGGUUACCUGGACCCUGCUUAUACUGUUCCUAGCAAGUUAAGCACCAAAAUUGACGUAUUCAGCUUUGGAGUGUUAUUGCUGGAAAUUAUAUCUGCCAGGAAAGUGAUGGAUGUUUCGAGAUCACCAUCUUCAAUUGUUGAGUGGGCAAUUCCGUUGAUCCAAAAGGAUCAGAUUGUGGAAAUAUCUGAUCGAAGGGUCCCUAUUUCGCGAUUUACAGAAGGCCUGAUUAGGAACAUGCUGAGCAUUGCUGGAAGGUGUAUAAAUUUUAGAGAAACUGAUCGCCCGUCAAUGGGAGAAAUUGUCAGCGAGUUGGAGAACUGCAUUGUUGAACCGAUUAGAUUUCCAGUAUGGAUGAAUCUCCUAAGGAGUCUCAUUCAAAGGAAAAUCGGUACCAGAAAGAGCAAGACUGCAGCUAGAGCCGCAACCAGUAUUGUUUGUGCACCACAUCAAGAAAAUGGUCAUGCUGAUAUUUCAAGAGGGAAAUUGCUGCUAAGGGAAAUAUUGGCUGAUAUUUCUUAAAAAAAAAAUAAAACGAGACGAGGGAUUUUCUUUUCUUGGGCCAACAUGAACUCAACUGAGUCAGGUGAUCGAGUCUGGCGAUUGGAAAGUCAAUGAUCAUCCUAAUCCAUUGUACAAAAAAGGUUGGUCCUGCAGGAUAUUCUCCACCAAGCGCAAGAUUAUCAAAAGUUGUUGGCAAUCGGAAUAACAGAUAGCUUUAUCGUAAAGCCUCGUUGAUCCAUGCUGAUGUCCUUAGAUUUGCUUGUUUCCACUUUAAUUUUUUGUGGGGGAAAUCUUUGUUGAUUUCCUUCUUUGUAAUUUACUGCUUGUAGUUUUCCUGAGGAGAAAUUUGACGAGUACUGGAAUACUUUUCCUAUA